GCACACUGAGGGAACAGAGGGGAAGGGCAAGCAGCUUGGCUUAGACAAGAACGGAGUGUGAAUAGCUCACAUUGACUGAGCUAUCUAACCGGGCAAGAGGACUAAUUUGCUGAUCCUGUGGGCUGGAUAAAAGCAGCAGCUGCUGCUGCUGCCGCCUUGGGGCUUGCUGAGAUGCAUGUAGAUGAGGCUUGACAUGAACUGUAGAAGGAUCUGACUACGUUACCUUUCAUAUUGUACAGUCUUCCCCUUUUGCAGCAACUGGGAAAUUACACCAUAUCAUCUUAAGAGGCACCACCCGCCCUCCCAGAGAAGGUGAAGUACCUGGUGUAGAUUACAACUUCUUGACAGUACAAGAGUUUUUGGAGUUGGAAAAAAGUGGAACCCUACUUGAAACAGGAACAUAUGAAGAUUAUUAAAGAGUUGAAGCAAGGGUGGAGUGAAGGAAGAGGUUGCCAAGGGUGCAAGACGUUAGGGAGGAUGCGACUGGAAUCUUUGCUGAGGUGUCGAUUGCUCCUUGGCUGGAAACGCAAGCAGUCUUCAUAUGCAUAUAAGCAGCCUUGAUCACACCUUCAUAGCUGCUUAAAGUAUAGUAGGUAACUAUUAUGGAACACCCAAACCUCCAAGCCAACCCCUCAGUGGGAGAGUGAUUACUAGUGAUGGUUUGCAAGGACAUCAACUCGGCUCGAAGCAGUCGACCCCAAAACGAACAAAGUCGUACACUGAUAUGAAAAAUGCUGGCCUGGAGCAUGGAGAAAAUGAUGAUGAGGACAUUCCUGAAAUGAGCGGUAGCCUUACAGCAGAUUCAAGUGAACAAGACGACCACAACUCUUAUAUUUUAAGAAACCCUGCACCUCCUUUCUCUAGUACAAGUACAACUGUUCCCAUCACGGAAGCAGCACAGCAGGACAGUCAGUAUUUGCCCCCUCUUGACAUUGAAGAUUUAGGGCCCCUGCCUGAAAACUGGGAGAUGGCAUUCACAGAAAAUGGUGAAGUCUAUUUUAUAGACCAUAAUACGAAAACAACAUCAUGGUUAGACCCUCGGUUCAUUGCAAAACAAACAAAACCUCUUGAAGAAUGUGAAGAUGAUGAAGAAGGUGUACAUACAGAGGAACUGGACAGCGAAAUAGAGUUGCCUGCUGGUUGGGAAAAAAUUGAAGAUCCUGUGUAUGGUGUCUACUAUGUAGAUCAUGUAAACAGGAAGACACAGUAUGAAAAUCCAGUUCUGGAAGCAAAGCGGAAAAAACAGCAGCUUGAACAGCAGCAACAGACAGAAGAGUGGACAGAAGCAAACCCAGCAGCUGCACCUCCUACUUCCAACUUUGUACCAAACAACCAGGUGCCAUACCGAGAACCUCCGCCUCAAGGAAAGCCUUUUUUUACAAGAAAUCCAUCUGAACUGAAAGGGAAGUUCAUUCGUACUAAGUUGAAGAAAAGUGUUCGUGGCUUUGGCUUUACAGUUGUUGGAGGGGAUGAGCCAGAUGAAUUUCUACAAAUUAAAAGUUUGGUGGUAGAUGGUCCAGCUGCUCUAGAUGGCAAAAUGGAAACAGGUGAUGUCAUAGUCAGUGUGAAUGACACGUGUGUGCUUGGAUACACACAUGCCCAAGUUGUAAAGAUCUUCCAGUCCAUUCCAGUUGGUGCCAGUGUGGAUCUUGAACUCUGUCGUGGUUAUCCACUGCCUUUUGACCCAGAUGAUCCAAACACCAGCCUAGUAACAUCAGUAGCAAUUUCAGACAAAGACCCAAUCAUUGUAAAUGGCCAAGAAAACUUUGACUCUCCUUCUAGUCACAGCAGUCAAACAGGGACAGUAAAUGGGGUAAAGGAGCCACGGCCAAGUAGUCCUAGUGCUGAGGUGGCUUCAAAUAGUUCCCAUGGUUACCCUAAUGAUAACGCAUCUCUGGCAUCCGCCAUCGCUACCCAACCUGAACUAAUAACUGUGCACAUAGUUAAAGGUCCAAUGGGCUUUGGUUUCACUAUUGCAGACAGUCCUAGUGGUGGAGGUCAAAGGGUCAAACAGAUUGUUGAUAAUGCAAGAUGUCGAGGCCUUAAAGAAGGGGAUCUUAUUGUUGAAGUAAACAAGAAGAAUGUACAGACUCUGUCUCAUAACCAAGUGGUGGACAUGUUAAUUGAAUGCCCCAAGGGAAGUGAAGUCACACUUCUAGUACAGAGAGGAGGACAACCAGUCCCGAAGAGGAGUCCAAAGUCGCAACCAUUGGAAAGGAAAGACAGCCAAAACAGUUCCCAGCAUAGUGUUUCCAGUAAUCGUAGCACACAUACCGCCUCCCCUGUCCACAGUGCCCCAGAGCUGCCUGAAUUUCCAGUCAGUGAAACAACAGCAGUGGACCAAGGGGACAGCACUGGGCAGAAAAAGCCAGAUCCAUUCAAAAUCUGGGCCCAGUCCAGGAGCAUGUAUGAAAGUCGCCUUCCUGACUACCAAGAACAGGACAUCUUUUUAUGGAGGAAGGAAACUGGAUUUGGCUUCAGAAUUCUUGGGGGCAAUGAACCAGGAGAGCCUAUUUACAUUGGCCAUAUUGUGCCUCUUGGUGCUGCUGAUGCAGAUGGCCGUUUAAGAUCUGGAGAUGAACUGAUUUGUGUGGAUGGAACGUCAGUAGUUGGAAAAUCACAUCAGCUUGUAGUUCAGUUAAUGCAACAGGCUGCUAAGCAGGGUCACGUUAAUCUCACAGUGAGAAGGAAAGUAGUUUACACAGUUCCCAAAGCUGAGAAUGAGGUGCCUGCUUCUCCGGCUUCUUCUCAUCACAGCAGCACCCAGGCAGCGUCUUUGACGGAGGAGAAGCGCACACCACAGGGAAGCCAGAACUCCUUGAACACGGUGAGCUCCGGAAGUGGCAGUACCAGUGGCAUUGGCAGUGGUGGGGGUGGUGGAGGUAGUGCCGUGGUCAGUACUGUUGUGCAACCAUAUGAUGUUGAGAUUCGUCGAGGAGAAAACGAAGGCUUUGGUUUUGUCAUUGUGUCAUCAGUGAGUCGGCCAGAAGCAGGAACAACAUUUGGAAAUGCAUGUGUGGCCAUGCCUCAUAAAAUAGGUCGCAUAAUUGAGGGGAGUCCUGCAGACCGCUGUGGCAAGUUAAAAGUCGGAGACCGAAUCCUGGCUGUUAAUGGAUGUUCCAUUACCAACAAAUCACAUUCAGACAUUGUGAAUCUUAUCAAGGAAGCAGGAAAUACUGUUACAUUACGCAUCAUUCCUGGUGAUGAGUCCUCCAAUGCAUCAUUAUUGACAAAUGCAGAAAAGAUCGCUACAAUUACAACAACACACACUCCUCAGCAGACCCCACAGGAGACCAGGAAUAAUGCAAAACCAAAACAGGAACCUCAGUUUGAUUUCAAACCACCUCAGCCACAGGAGUCAGAGUAUUACACGGUGGAACUAGAAAGAGGGCAAAAAGGCUUUGGAUUCAGUUUACGAGGUGGACGAGAGUAUAACAUGGACUUGUAUGUCUUAAGAUUAGCAGAGGAUGGCCCUGCUGAAAGAUGUGGAAAGAUGAGGAUUGGAGAUGAAAUUCUUGAAAUCAAUGGUGAAAGCACAAAGAACAUGAUGCAUUCCCGUGCCAUAGAACUAAUCAAAAAUGGUGGCCAUAGAGUGUGCUUGCUGUUAAAAUGUGGAGAUGGUACCGUGCCAGAAUAUGACCCCAGCAGUGACAGGAGCAGUCCCACCGCCAGCUCACAAAGUGUAUCGGAAAUGAAAAAUGCAACAACAAAUCGACGACUACUACCAUCAUUGGAGUCCGGUUAUCCACUAGACUUUCACAAAUCAUCACACCAUGGGGAACCAAGAAAAGAAACUAACAGCAGCAGAGAACACAGCAGACAACAUAAUGAACAUCGCACAUGGAAUGGGACUUAUGAACGAAAUGAUAACUUUACAGCUAGGAGAAGAGAUGGUUUACAUGAAGGAAGGAAAGAACGAACAGCAAGGAAUAUGGAAAGUGAACAAAAUAAUCGGAGGCAUAGAUCUCCAGAAGAAAGAAGGGCACAGCCAAGAGUUGCAGGUAAUACACUUGAAGUUAGAGAUAGACAUGCUAGAAGGAACAAUGAUCCUCCAGAAAAGCAAAGGGAAAGGUCACCCAAUAGAAUAAAGGAUCGAUCACCUACUAGAAGAAGGAAUUCACUUGAAAGAUUAAAUGAUCAAACAUCUGACCGGAAAAGAGAAUACUCACCUGAAAGGAGGAGAGCAAAAUCAUCGGACAGGAGAAGGGAAAGAUCACCUGAAAGAAUAAGAGAGCGGUCACCUGAUAGAAGAAACAGGAAUGAAAGACAUAGACAUGGAGAUCCUAGAGAUCAUAUUUCCAAGUAUGACAAUGACAAAAACUCCAGGCAUCCUCCCCCAGUGUUGAGGCCAAGACCAUACAAAGAAUGCAGUACUGAUCUCAGCAUAUGACCUUGUGCCCUACUGCUGAGUUUUAUUUAUAUUGAGAUGGAAAAGUGCUGUGUGUCCCAUGAAGAAAUGAGGGAAUGACAUUUUCAGAAUAAAUCCAAACAGAGUCCAUAUUCUUGUCUAACCAAACAUCCAGAACCAGCUGAUUCAAGUAUUAGCAGAGUCUGGUUGUUAAAUGAUGCUGAAAUGUGCCUGAUGUUUCAUACCACAAAGAUUGUGUCAAGAUAUGUUUUGGAAACUGUUGUCAAGAAUAUGUAUCAUGCAUUAGAAAAUGUUCAUCCUUGUAUGCAUGUGUUUUAUGACUCUUCCUUCAUCAGGCCAUUUUUAGUUGGAUUUCAUAAUACCAGGAUUAAGCAGCAAGAUCAUUCAUUUAAAACAAGCUUCAUAUGACUGCUGCUUUUAUGGUGAAAUCCAUAAUAUUGGUUUGGAUUUUUGUAUACAGUUUAUAACUCUAGGAGGUGAUGUUAACAUGAUCCUGCUGAAAAUAAAAUUAUUUAAUCUAAUGUGGGCGAAUAGUUCAGAAAUUAAUACUGCUGUAAUGAAGGAUAUUUAUAUGACAAGAGCACAAAAUCUUAAUUUUAAACCUUUUUAUUUUUAGUUUAUUUAAACUUGA